UACUCUUUCUUGUGAAAUGCAAAAAGAUACCCUCCCUCAUCUCUUUCUGCACAUAUACAGAGGAGGUAGCCCUUCAAGGAAAAGUUUGAAGUCCAAAAUAACCAGAAAACCCAGACCAAAACAAAAGAGCUCCCCUCUCUUUUUCUAGCAAAUCAAACCAUUGGGAGGAAAAACCCUUCAAUUUUUCCUCUGUUUCAACCCAAACCCAUUUCCCAAAUCCCUCCAAGAACCACCAGAAACUGCCAUGAUUGGAUCCAUUUGAAGAAAUCUCCCAAAUGGGGUUUCCCUUAAAACCCUUACUUUACCUUCUUUUUCUUGUUUUCCUUACUAAUGUUACUGAAUCUGCCACUGACUACAACUCCUUGGUCUACAAAGGUUGUGCAAAGCAGGCUUUUACAGAUCCAACUGGGGUUUACUCACAAGCCCUAUCUGCGCUUUUUGGUAGCUUGGUCUCACAAUCCACCAAGGCCAAAUUCUUCAAAACUACUAGUGGGUCUGGGCAAACAACCAUCACUGGUCUCUUCCAGUGCAGAGGAGAUCUCACUAAUAGUGACUGCUACAAAUGUGUGAGCAAUCUUCCUGAACUAUCAGACAAAUUUUGUGGCAAAACCAUUGCAGCAAGAGUCCAGCUUUAUGGAUGUUACAUGCUCUACGAGGUUGCUGGGUUUGCUCAGAUUUCAGGCAUGGAAAUGUUGUACAAGACUUGUGGUACAACAAAUGUGGCAGGGGCUGGGUUUGAGGAGAAGAGGGACACUGUUCUUUCUAUGAUGGAAAAUGGGGUUUCUAGCAGUCAUGGAUUCUACACCACAAGCUACGAAUCUCUUUAUGCUUUGGGACAGUGUGAAGGGGAUGUGGGGGAUGCAGAUUGUGGGGAAUGUGUGAAGAAUGCUGUACAGAGAGUUCAGGUUGAAUGUGGAAGUGCAAUUUCAGGCCAAGUUUAUCUGCACAAAUGCUAUGUUAGCUUCAGUUAUUAUCCAAAUGGGGUUCCCAAAAGAUCACCAUCAUCAUCUUCUUCUUCAUCUUAUUCUUCUCCAACAGGGACAAGCCAGAACACAGGGAAGACAGUGGCUAUAAUAUUAGGAGGGGCAGCAGCAGUGGGAUUCCUGGUUAUUUGCUUGUUGUUGGUCAGAAAUUUAAUGAAGAAACAUGAUGAUUAUUGAGGAUGAAUAGUAAAUUAAUUGAUGGAUUACAGCUUUGAAGAGGGAAAUUUCUUUUUCAGGUGUAUUCUUACUCUCUUUUUUCUCUUGUAAAAGUGGAAAGAAAUUUUGUGAUUACCACUGACCAGAAUUGGUGACCAAAUAGUAAUUAGAAAAAUCAAUUAGGGCAUGAAAUGGAGGCAUGGAUUUUUCCACAGAGGUGAAAAGGAAUUGAAUGCAAGAAUGAAUGUCAUGUGAUUAAAUGGA